AUGCGGAUAUCGUUGUAUACAUUAGCCGUAGCAUGUUUUUAUUUCCUUUGCUGGACACCGUUCUGGAUUGCGACCGUUUUUGCUGUAUAUUUGGAGUAUGCCGGAGAGCAGAGUGGCAGUGUUCCUCCGGUCUUUGUCUAUUGUAUGUAUUUUAUACACGCUCUUCCGUUCACCAAUUCGGCGGUCAACUGGAUUUUAUACGGUGCACUCAAUGGUCAGUUACAACAUCGUAUCAAGGGACGUCGCUCGGACAUAACGACCACCAUUUAUAAUAACGGUAAUGUGCAUCCGUCAAGCGUCUCCACAACUGCGAAAUACGAUAGGAAUUUAAACACAAAAACGGUGAUGUUUUGUUGGGUUGUUUCAAAAAUCUUACGAUUUGUGGGCGUUCACAAUGAAGCGUUGAUGUGGUGGUCAUUUGUUGUUGUACCGCGAAUGUGA